AGUAAAUUACGCGUUCCGUUCACUCACUUAUAAUAAUGUCUGGUCGCGGUAAAGGUGGUAAAGUAAAGGGAAAGUCAAAGACCCGUUCAAGUCGUGCUGGACUUCAGUUCCCAGUCGGUCGUAUUCAUCGUAUGUUGCGCAAAGGCAACUACGCUGAACGUGUUGGUGCUGGUGCUCCAGUGUACUUAGCAGCUGUUAUGGAAUACCUUGCUGCUGAAGUACUCGAGUUGGCAGGUAACGCUGCUCGUGACAACAAGAAGACUCGUAUCAUCCCACGUCAUCUCCAAUUAGCCAUCCGUAACGAUGAAGAAUUGAACAAACUUCUUUCUGGAGUUACCAUCGCUCAAGGUGGAGUCUUGCCCAACAUCCAAGCUGUCUUAUUGCCCAAGAAAACCGAAAAAAGCAGCUCUUAAAUUAAACAUAACUUCAAAUAAAACCAAACGGCCCUUUUCAGGGCCACCAAAUUUUUCAAAACGUAUUUAACUCCAGUUUUAAAAUUAAUCAUAAGUUAUCUAAUACAAAAUAAAAUUAGCAUAGUUUUAUACAUAAAUUGAUGUGAUAAAUUUUAUACACAAUAAUUAAAUUAUACACUGAUCAUAAAAAUUAAAGAAUAUGAAAAAAAAACACUCGAUUUUUUAGUGAUUUUCAGGAGAAUAUUACUUAACAAGGACUGGUAAUAGAAGAAACAAAAAGCAAAUGGAGACUUCGAGUAUCCAAAUUUUUAUUCCUGGGUUCAUUUCUUUAACCAUUACUAGCUACAAUACUGGCCAAUAAUUCUUGAGAGGUAGCGUAGAAUCGGGAAAAAAAAAUGUCUCAAAAUAAAAAUGUAUAUGACUACUUUCAUACAAAUGUAAAAAUAUAAAAAUAAAAAGUUGUAAAAAAAAAAUUCAAUAAUUAAAAAUAUAUAUACAAAUAAGAAAAUGUAAAAUUAUAAAUCUGUAUUGUAAAAUAAGUAAA